GCACUCCAGCUUGGCGCUCAGUGUGGUUCAGACGCUCGCAGACUCUCGCCCCUGUCAUUCAGUUUCUUCUGUUUCCCGUUGGCGGCGGCCCGACACUAAGCAGCCAUGGAUGCCAUUAAGAAGAAGAUGCAGAUGCUCAAGCUCGACAAGGAGAACGCCUUGGACAGAGCUGAGCAAGCAGAGGGAGACAAGAAGGCAGCCGAGGACAGGAGCAAACAGCUUGAGGAUGACCUGGUAGCGCUGCAGAAGAAGCUGAAGGCAACAGAGGAUGAGCUGGACAAGUACUCCGAGGCCCUCAAGGAUGCCCAGGAGAAGCUGGAGCUCGCUGAGAAGAAAGCCACAGAUGCUGAGGGUGAUGUAGCUUCCCUGAACAGACGUAUCCAGCUGGUUGAGGAGGAGCUGGAUCGUGCUCAGGAGCGUCUGGCCACAGCUCUGACCAAGCUGGAGGAGGCUGAGAAGGCUGCUGAUGAGAGCGAAAGAGGCAUGAAAGUCAUUGAGAACAGGGCAAUGAAGGACGAGGAGAAGAUGGAGCUGCAGGAGAUCCAGCUGAAGGAGGCCAAGCACAUCGCUGAGGAGGCUGACCGCAAAUAUGAGGAGGUGGCCCGUAAGCUGGUGAUCAUUGAGAGUGAUCUGGAACGUACAGAGGAGCGCGCUGAGCUGUCUGAGGGCAAAUGCUCUGAGCUCGAGGAGGAGCUGAAAACUGUGACCAAUAACCUGAAGUCUCUGGAGGCUCAGGCAGAGAAGUACUCACAGAAGGAAGACAAGUAUGAGGAGGAGAUCAAGGUCCUGACAGACAAGCUGAAGGAGGCUGAGACUCGUGCUGAGUUCGCUGAGAGAUCAGUCGCCAAGCUGGAGAAGACCAUCGACGACCUGGAGGACCAUCUAUACAAGCAGCUUGAGAAAAACCGUCUUCUGACCAAUGAACUGAGAGUAGCCUUGAACGAGGCUUAAACUCUGAGGGGCCCUUGUAUGCUUUUUAUUAUGCUGACACACAAAUGCCACAGCCAUUUGUAUAACGCUGUGAUUUAGGAGUACAGGUUACUGUGUCUAUGACACACAAUUUCAAACCAAGUAAUACCUUCAUCAAACAGAAAUAAUCAAAUGUCAGAUUCUCACAUUAUAUAUUGCAUGCUCAAAGUGCAGGUUAAAAAUGGACGAUCACACAGACUCAGGUUAGAAAAAGAUGGGCUAUGGAUUGGACAGAUUUUACCCAGGUUACAGUCAGGGCUGUAGGUGAAAAUCACAAGAUGCUAUUUUUUCAUCUUUCUUUUUGUAAUAUGUCACACUGUGCUGAGUACAACUUAUUCUAUCAAGUUUUAACAAAACUAGGCAUUAUUUUGCCCAACACAAUUUGAUUUUCCCUGUCGUGUAAUAAAUGGAGAAACUUAAAAUAGGAGCAUAACCUUUAUUCAGUGACACUUAAAUUGGCAAAUAAAUGAUUAAAACACAACAGACAUGGUGUAUAAAGUCUAAAGCUAUAAAGUCAAACAAAACCUCACCAAGAUACAAGACGAAAAACAGUAGCAGGAUGAAAGAUGGUGUUGUGGAGGGAGGGUUUUACAGGGAACUGUUUCAUUGGUGUUCACAUUCACACUUAAAUCUGCUCACUGGAUUCAAAGCUUGGUGCUUGUGCUGAUGUGAAACUGGCCUUGUCAGUCACUUCCUUGUCUCUGGUUUGAAUGAGGCCCAGCUAGGCCUCUUUCUGUCUUAAAACCCAGCAGAUGUGAUCUUGCCUGCAGCCCUGGCUUUAGUUGAAAUCCAUCUUUUCCAGUAAGAUGGAAAGAAUAUGUCUACAUAUUGAAGUAUGACCAAAUUUUCCAACACAGGACAGUUGUAGCCUGUGUCGGUGAAUUCACUGAUAAUGUAUAACAGGGACUGAGUAUAUGUGUUUACCAAGUAACUGCUGGCUUCAAUUAUCCAAAAAUUGACAGAAAGGCCACACCUCCCACCCCCAUAAUGCUUGUGCGAUCAAUAUCGCAGCAUCUGUGGCUCAUUUCUUCUUGCUCUUUAUUAUCCUGGUCUAAAGCUUUGUCUGUUCAUAUUCUGUACAUCUCAGUGCUGUCUAUUUUUGUAUGAUCUUAACCGGUGCAAUGCUAUAU